AUGGCUGAUGUUCCCAUUUCGAGUGAUAAUAUUGUUGGAACAGUAUUAUUACCAGAUAAGGAACAAGAAAACUCUAUCAUCGUAUCCACUCUCAUUCAAGUUCUCUGCUCGACAAAUAAUGUUGAUGUUCCUCCUAACCAACCAACUAAACGGGAAUCAGAAGCAGCCACGUCAUCAUGUGGAAGUGGGUCCCUCCAGAACCAGUAUGAUCCUUACACGUGUCGUGCAUGUAAAAUCAACGGCUGUCUCGGUUGCAGGCUCUUCAUUGAGAAAGAGAAAGAGGAGAAGAGAAAAAAGUACAGGGGAGUGAGGCAGAGAGCAUGGGGAAAAUGGGUGGCUGAGAUACGAGACCCAAAAAGGGCCACUCGUGUUUGGCUUGGUACUUUUGCUACGGCAGAGAAUGCUGCAAGAGCUUACGAUCAAGCUGCUAUUAAGUUUCAUGGUGUUAGAGCUAAACUCAAUUUUGAAUCCUCUCAUUGUGCUGUUACUGAUGAAAACAUGCAAAGUGCGAAAGUUCAGGAACAUGUUGGCGAGAUUGCAGCGAUAAAUCAAACAAAAACCACUAGCUUAUCAUUCGGAUCAAGAUGCGAACUAGACUAG